CCAAAGCACCUGCUUUUGAAGUCAUGUGUAUUUUUCCUUGACUUACAUAUUUUUUCUAUUGUCCACAGUUCCAACAUUGGAUGCCACAUCAGAGUGCAGCCGUGUCAGUCCCAGUGACUGCGCCAAAUCAGCACAUUUGGCACAACGGACAGUCGGCCGGAUGGCCAGCGCCAGCGGUGAGACCUCAGGGUCUCCCAGCCGCAAACAAGAAGCCUAAACGUGUAAGAACCGCGUUUACAACGGAUCAACUGUCGGCACUAGAGAACGAGUUUAAGUUGGCUCCUUUUUUGAACCGAACACGUCGGCUCCAGUUAGCCGAUAUGUUGCAACUUAACGAGCGAAACAUUAAGAUUUGGUUUCAAAAUCGCCGUAUGAAGGAGAAAAAGGACCGAGCAGAGAGCCAAAGCCCUUCCAGUGAUAGUACUGAUAAUAUCGAGGGCCCAAUACUGCACUAUCCGGUCGUGGCCCCAAGUUACCCAGAAGCAACUAUGCCGACGACACCAAAUUUAGUGCCACAACAACCUCAAUACUCCCUGUUUGGUACUCAAGCCAUUAUUCCUCCGGGCAAUAUACCGGCACAACCUUACCAAGAAGAAGUGCAAGCUCCUCCGCAAGUAGAAGCACGAUGUCUACUGGUAUCACAGGAGCUGCCAGCUCCAAUUGUACCCAAUGAGAUGAAUAACUUUUCCUGGCCUGAUGAGACUGAAGAUCAACUGUUAACGUCAUUGUAAUGUUAUUUAAUUUAGUUAAUAAUAAAUGUGCUAUUAUAAAAGCUAAUUCACAUCUAUAUUUAUUAAUCCACCAACC